AUGAGUUCAAGAGUAAGUGGUUUAAAUGAGGACCAACUACAAUCGUUCAAUACCUUUAAGGCAAUUACUGGUCUAGCAGAUAAAGAGAAUAAUCAAGAAGAUGAUGAUAAUGUUAUAACACUACUUAGUAUAAAUGAUUUUAAUGUUAAUAAUGCUAUAAAUGCCUUCUUUGAAUCUGGAUUCACAUCAAUUACAGAAAGAACAAGAACUCCAGCAAAUACCUUUAGUUCAAGUGUGGAUGUUCACGAUCAAGAUCAACAUGAUACAACUGCAAAUCAUCACCGAAGUAAUAGUUCUCAUCAAUUUAUGAACUUACAACUGCAACUCUUAGCAGAAAAUUUGCUCCCUCGAUUACCAAAAGCUCCUAAAAUUUCCAAUGGUUGGCAAAUAGAAGUAGGCAUUCAAUCAUCUUUACUUGAACAAAGAAGAGAAGAAGAAAGUGCAAGAAGAAAGGAAGCUGAAAGUGAUAGAUUUUCUGAUACAACUACAUUAAAUGAAACAGUUUCAGAUAGAGAAACCAAACAACCUUUCCAUUCAUUGUGGUUGAUAUUACUUAUAAUACCGAAAACCUUACUUCAUUUGAUAGUAUCUGCUUAUAAAUAUUUAUUUGGAUCUCCAAGAUUAAAUUCAGACAAAUCAUUAAGAAAUACUGUUCCAAAGUCUUUUAUUUAUGAUGAUAAUUUUGAUCCUACUUAUAAAUUCUUACCUUGGUAUGAAAGAGCUUUAGGGAAGUUACCAUUUUCAUCGCAAGAUGAAAAAAUAGAUAAUAUCGAAGAUACUUCUAAUGAUGAUAUAUCUACUUUGGUAGAAUCUAAGACGGAUACUGAAUCUUCUGAACAAGAUAUAAAAAGUACAAUUGAUUCAUUCGAUGAUUAUAAUAUCGAAUAUACAGAUUACAAUGCUGUUCAUGAAAGAUGUCAGAAGAACUAUCUUUGGUUAUUUGUCAUAUUAAUCAAUUCUUCUCCUGAAUCCACUCAAUUUGUGAAAUCACUCCUUUCACCACAAAAAGAUUCAAAUAAUGAUGAUGAUAACAAUAAUAAUAAUAGUAAUAAUAAUAAUACUAAGAACAAUGGAUUCCAUCUUCUCUUUAAUAAGAUAUCUGGUCAAUUCAAAGAUACUAUUCUAUAUAUCAAUAAUAUUGAUAAGUCUCCAGAAGCAUUUGAGAUUGCUUCUACUUAUAAAGUAAGACGUACUCCAUUUGUCAUGCUUGUGGGUAAUGUAACUCCAUCUCCAUCUAUUAUGUCAUCAAUGUCUAUUGUAUAUAAAUCGAAUUUGAUGGCUGAAUUUCUUGAAACACCAGCUGAAACUACUACCACAGUUAAAAGAGUAUAUCGAAAUGUAGCUAAAGUUGUUGAUAGGUUUCAUCCUCAACUUGUGGCAGCUAGAUUUGAUCAACAAGAGAUUGAAUUGUCUCGACUCUUAAAACAACAACAAGAUGAUGCAUAUUUACAAUCAUUACAACAAGAUAAAAUAAAGAAAGAAAAGAGACAGCAAGAAGAAAAACUUGCUAAAACAAAAGAAUUGAAGGAGAAACUUCGUGUUAAGUUUCUUCUUAGUUUACUAUCGUCUAAAUUUGUUUCUUCGAUUACUGAGUCGACUUUGCCUAAUUCAUCAACAAGAGUUGCUAUAAAGUUACCCAGUGGUCAAAGACUUGUUCAAUCAUUUAAUAAAGAUACUCGAGUCAAUCAAGUUUAUCUUUAUAUUGAUCUUGUAUUGUUUCUGGAUAAACAUGCAGUCAAUAUAAAGGAUGAUCAUGAAGAAGUUAUUGAUAAAAUUGCUACUAAUCUCAAAGUGGAUACAAUUCCUGAUGGUCAAAUACCUACAGAAGAAGAAUUCUUUGAAUCAUAUUCAUUUAAAUUCGAGCUUAUUCAGCCAUUCCCUAAGAAGGUUGUUGUAUGCAGCAACCUGACCCUAAGCGAAAUGGACGAAUUCAGAUCGGGUGCGAAUUUCUUGGUAGAGUACAAUGAAGACGAUGAAGACGAUGAAGACGAUGGAUUAGAACAAGAAGAUUACGAUGAGUAUACCACAGACGAAAGUUAG